GUAAAAAUGUCUGCAAAUCAGUCAGCCAUGGCUGUGAGCAUAUUUGUGUUAGUACUGACAAUUCCUACAUCUGCAAGUGUCGUGAGGGAUUCGUAUUGAGAGAAGAUAGCAAGACCUGCAGAAGACAGGACAUCUGCAAAUCAGUCAGCCAUGGCUGUGAGCAUAUUUGUGUUAACAAAGAUGACUCGUAUGUUUGCAAUUGUCGUGAGGGUUUUCUGCUGAGAGAAGAUGGGAAAACAUGCAGAAAUAAAGACAUUUGCAGUUCAGUUGACCAUGGCUGUGAACAUGUUUGUGUUAAUGCUGAUGAGUCAUACAUCUGCCAGUGUUAUGAGGGAUUUGCACUAAGGGAAGAUGGAAAAACAUGUAAAAAUAAAGAUGUUUGCAAUUCUGUUGACCAUGGCUGUGAGCAUGUUUGCAUGAAUACUGACAAUUCAUACAUUUGCCAGUGCUAUGAGGGUUUUGUAUUGAGGGAAGAUAAGAAAACGUGUAAAAAUAAGGACAUCUGCAAAUCAGUUAGUCAUGGCUGUGAACAUCUUUGUGUUAAUAAUGACGAUUCAUACACUUGCCAAUGCCAUGAUGGAUUUGUACUAAGGCAAGAUGGGAAAACAUGCCGAAAUAAAGAUCUUUGCAAAUCAGUCAACCAUGGAUGUGAACAUGUUUGUGUUAAUACUGAUGAUUCGUAUAUCUGCAAAUGCCGUGAUGGGUUCCUACUGAGAGAGGAUGGGAAAACCUGCAGAAACAAGGAUGUUUGCAAUUCAGUCGAUCAUGGCUGUGAACAAGUUUGUGUGAAUACUGAAGAUUCCUACAUCUGCAAGUGUCAUGAAAAAUUCAUACUGAAGGAAGAUGGAAAGACAUGUAGAUAUAAAGAUGUUUGCAACUCAGUUGACCAUGGCUGUGAACAUAUUUGUGUUAAUACUGAUGAUUCCUAUAUCUGCAAGUGUCAUGAGGACUUCAUACUGAGGGAAGAUGGGAAAACUUGUAGGAGUAAAAAUAUCUGCAAAACAGUCAACCAUGGUUGUGAACAUGUCUGUGUUCCGACUGGUGAUUCAUACGCGUGUCAGUGUCACAAGGGAUUUAUAUUGAGGCGAGACAGGAAAACAUGCAGGAAUAAAGACCUGUGUAAAUCCAUUGACCAUGGCUGUGAACAUGUGUGCAUUAAUAAUAACAAUUCAUACAGCUGUCAGUGCCAUGAGGGUUUUGUCCUGCGACAAGAUGGGAAAACAUGUCGAAAUAAAGAUGUCUGCAAAUCAGUUGCCCAUGGUUGUGAACAUAUUUGUGUUAAUAAUGAUGAUUCAUACAUCUGCAAAUGCCAUGAGGGAUAUGUACUGAAAGACGAUCAGAAAACAUGCAGAAGAUGCACUGAAGGCCCAAUUGACCUGGUGUUUGUGAUUGAUGGAUCAAAAAGUCUUGGCGAGGAUAACUUUGAAAUUGUAAAACAAUUUGUCUCAGGAAUCUUGGAUACACUUGAGAUUUCACCCAAAGCUGCUCAAGUUGGUUUGCUUCAGUAUUCCACUGAAGUUCACACAGAGUUUACAUUAAAGCAGUUCAGCUCAGCCAAAGACAUGAAGAAAGCUGUAUCGCAAAUGAAAUACAUGGGGCGAGGUUCCAUGACAGGACUGGCUCUGAAGCAAAUGGUUGAGAGAAGCUUCACAGAAACAGAAGGAGCAAGACCAUUUUCAGCAAAUGUCCCUCGAAUCUCCAUUGUGUUUACAGAUGGACGAGCCCAAGAUGAAGUCUCUGAGUGGGCUGCUAAAGCGAAGCAAAAUGGUAUAAUUAUCUAUGCCAUUGGAAUAGGAAAAGCAAUUGAGGAAGAACUGCUGGAAAUUGCUUCUGAGCCAUCAUAUAAACAUCUUUUCUAUGCUGAGGAUUUCACAGCUAUGGAGGACAUAAGUGAAGAGCUAAGAGCCCAAAUCUGUGAAGCCCUGAGAGAGUCAGCUCACCAGAAGGCUCCAUCAUCUGGGAGGCUUCAUAAGACUGGUCCACAGACUUCAGCAAAAGCUUCAAAAGACAAAGACCAGUGCAAAUGUGAAAACCUUGUGACGUUCCAGAACUACGCAACCAAUGAAGUAAGAAAACUCACUCAGCGAUUGGAAGAAAUGACGAAGAGAAUGGAAGACUUGGAAAACAGGCUAAAAUACUGAUCCAAAUUUAAAAUGUAUACUACACUGUAUAUUUAUACAUACAAACUUGUCAGAGCUAUUUUCUUAAACUGGUUCAAAGUAACAAAUCCUUGUGUCUGAAGUUGAAAAGAAUAUUUUGGAUCCCUGCAUCUAUAUACUAUGUGUUGUCUUGCAUUGACUGCAGGUAAGAAAUAUUGAAGAUUUUAUAUAUAUAAACAAUUUAGCAACUAGCAAAAAUUCUAAUUAAGCAGAACUAAACAACUGAAAUAAGCUAUGCAAAAUAAUAAAAUGCUGUUAUUUUUUGA